CCGGGAUUAGCGACUCGCUCCGGCUCUUCUCUGCGGUUUUUUUUUUUUCUUUUUGGUGCCCUUUUCCCUUCCUUUUCUUUUUUUUUUUUUUUAAUAUAUUAUUUUUAAAUAAGGUGGGUUUCCCCUCCCCGGGGGGAGCGGGCGCGAGGGGCGCGGGAGGAAUGAGCAGCGGGUUGGUGCUGCGCACCCCGCUCCCCGAGGACGCCUCGGCGUUCACCCCCCUGAAGCCCGUCACCAUGUCGGGGGAACCCGGCGAAGACCCCCCCGUCUUUGAGGACAUCAAACCCCCCACCCGGUCCCUGGAAAACCCACCCGACCUGGCGCAGCUGCACCCCAUGAGGAUGGAACAGCGGAUGCCGCCGCUCAUUCUUGAGGGACGGUCUGAAAUGGACAAGUACCUUUCAACCGAGGUGCCCCCCAUCCCCAUGAUACCAGACAAGAAGUACCGCCGAGAGAGUGCCUCAGUGGUGGACGAGUUCUUCUCCACAGAGAAGCCCACUUCUACGCCCUACAGCGUGAACAUCAACGUGAUCCUGCCAGACACGACGCACCUCCGCACUGGACUUUACCGGCCACCCAAACCCAUGGCACCCUUCCCACAGAUCAAAACAGAGCCUGGCACCAGCUUUGCCCAGCCCUGCUCUUCUGCCUCUGGCUCCACGCAGACCCUGCCCGACUUCACCAGCGUCUUCAGCAUGCCCCAGUCGGUGGCAGUGAACAACAUCUUCAUCAAGCAGGAGAUGCCCUCUGAGAUCCCCUUGUCCACCAACCCGCAGCAAUCCCAGCUUUACCAGCUGCCUCUUGGCAACGGAAGCGCUGACAUUACCACCUUGACCUCCUCCUCCAACAGCACCACAGCCAUCAACAGCCUCAGUGGUGUCACCAUGUCCACAGGUAACACCAUGUCCAGUGUGGUCCACAGGCCCGUCCAGCCAGGAGGGCCAGUUAAGCAGUACCCACACAUCUCCCAAGGACAGGGAAACUACAACAUCCCAGGGCAGUUCUACCCUGCUCCAGGGGUGACCCUGCCCCCGUCACCCCCCAACUCGCAGCCUGGCAGCCCGGAAAAUCAACCUGAGCUCAUUAACACUAUCUCUCCCCCACCAUCCUAUGAAGCUACUUUUGGACUGAAGUUGGUCCAGUCAUCGCAGGUCCCCCCAGUCCCCAACGGCCUUGGGACCCUCUCUCAAGGGCACAUUGUCAUGCAGCCUCCCAAAUACAACAGACGCAACAACCCUGAGCUGGAGAAGAGGAGAAUCCAUCACUGUGAUUUCCCAGGUUGCUCAAAAGUUUAUACCAAGAGCUCCCACCUGAAGGCCCACCAGAGGACUCACACGGGCGAGAAGCCCUACAAAUGCACCUGGGAAGGCUGCGACUGGCGCUUCGCCCGCUCCGACGAGCUGACCCGGCACUAUCGGAAGCACACGGGGGCCAAGCCCUUCAAGUGCUUGGCCUGUGGCCGGUGCUUCUCCCGCUCCGACCACCUGGCCCUGCACAUGAAGAGGCACCAGAACUAGGAGCCGCCGACCUUCGCCCACGUCUCCGAGAGCAGCUGAAACUUUUUGCUUCUGUGUCUAUUUGUUUUGGUUUUUUUUUUUUUUUUUCUCCUGAGGGGACCUCUCCUCUUCUCCUACGUAGGAACAAACCCAUGCUGUGAUCAACCGGCAGGGCAAGGGUGGCUGGCAAGCCUCCUCUGUGAGCCCUGUCCCCAACUCCUCCUCGUUUUAAAAGAAAUCUCAUUAAAAAAUAAGUUAUAAUUACAAACUGAUCUCAUGACGAGGCUCCCGGUGGCACUGGGGCGAUCGACCUUGGAUUCCAAAGGACUUUCUUCCAGCAAGCCUGCUAUUUAUUUGUCACUCAGGAGCAUCUGUCCUUUGUGUCUCAAGCUCAUUGGGAUUGGUUUUGGACCCCUUUUCGGGGCGCUGCCUUUGGAGAGCCUGAGGAGUGUCACGAGGGGUUGGCAGCCUUGGCUGCACGUGAGGUUUCUCACGUCAGACUGGGGGUGGAAUCCCCUUGGACUGCCCCACGACGUGGCCAUGGAGGUGGCACCUCUGACAUGUGACAACAAGGGCACAUAGAUGCCCAGGGCUCUUUGGGUUGACAAUCCCAGUCUCGGUGGGGGCACAGAAGAGGAAAGGGCCAAUGACAUGUUCACCUGACGUGCCUUCAAGCGAGGGGCAGCACAAAAGCAGAUGACCAAAGCCAUCAUCUGUGUCCCCCUUGAGCCCACCUGUGGCUUCCUGGCAGCCAGCUCACUCAGGGCUGCGAAUCUGCCCUGCUCGGCCAGGUUUUUUUUGGUUGUGUCCUUAGCAUUUCUGCUUCCAAGAUGAAUUUUGACUUCAGGUGUCUCUGGGAGGACCAGCGCGGGUCUUGAAGCCACCCAGGGGACUGCAAAAAAGAAGCCACUGACAAAGGUCUGGUUUCCCAGAACACGCUGUGCCUUUCUCCAUAAAGCACUGGGCAGGCUCUGCUGCUGCUGGGAACACGCACACGAGGAAUCAGCCAUCACCAAUCAUCACACCCGGCUUUUGCUGUUGCCAUUUCCUCACGUCCAGACAGAAAAGAAGGAAAAAAAAAAAAAAAAAAAAGGAAAAAAAGCAUCUU